GAUGAAAGUUUUCUGUCAACAAAACUGAUGGUGGGCUUGCUCGACGGCUAGAACAUUCAAGGAACAAAAGAACUGUGCUAAGCCGUGCUGAUAUCAAGGCUUCCAAAGGAAAGACAACACCCUGAAUUUGGUCCAGCUGCCACAAUAUCCAAAAUGAUUUCGUUGCCAGUAUACGGUAAGAAUAUGGAAACUAAUGGAUGUUGCAAAUUGCGUAAGCGGCGAGUGUUGGUAACAGGUGGUGCAGGCUACUUGGGGUCAACAAUGGUGCCCAUGCUGCUCCAACGUGGUCAUCACGUGGUUGUCUUCGACAAGUUCAUGUGGGGGGCUCUCCCCCUUUUGCCUCAUGCAGCGAACCCACAUUUGGAGAUUGUCAGGGGAGACAUUCUGGACAAGAACCUCUUGGCGAAACACAUGGAGGACUGUGACGUUAUAAUCCAUCUCGCCGCCAUUGUUGGAUACCCUGCCUGUGAAAAAUUUCACGAUGAGGCCAUCCAGGUGAACGUAGAGGGCACAAGGAACAUCGUAGAAAAUCUAGGGGACGAUCAGCAUUUGAUCUAUGCUUCCACUGGGUCAUGCUACGGAGCUGUUCAGAAUGGCGUAUGUGACGAAGAAACACUGAUCUCCCCCUUAACCUUGUACGGACGAACAAAAGCUGAAGGAGAGAAACUGGUGUUGGACGCCGGAGGGGUUGCGCUUCGCUUGGCCACUGUGUUCGGUGUGUCCCCCCGUCUCAGGCUCGACCUUCUGGUAAACGAUCUUACUGACAAGGCUCUAAGGCUCCAACACUUCGACCUGUAUCAGGGUGGGUUUCGCCGCACUUUCCUUCACGUGAAAGAUGCUGCCAGAGCAUUUGUGUUCGCGGUGGAAAACUAUAAGAAAAUGGCAGGGCAGGCUUUCAACGUUGGAGACGAAAACAUGAACUUGUCCAAGUCUGAUGUGGCCUGCAUCAUCCAAGAGUGUGUACCUGGCUGCCUCAUAACGCAAUCUAAUAACGGAGAGGACAAGGACAAAAGAGAUUACGAAGUGUCCUACAAGAAGGUCAGAUCUCUGGGUUACCACGCCACGAUAUCAGUGGAGGAAGGUGUCAAGGAACUAAUGAAAUUCUUACCAUGUCUUAGUGAAGACGAAAUCGAAAAAGCGAGGAAUAUAUAGUGAUAAAAGAUAAUGGUUAGAAUCACCUCUUAAUAAUUUAACUGCAUAGGUGUGAUUUCCAACUCUCAGUUCUAUGUUUAGUCUUUCCCUUUUAAGUUCGUCACAAGAACUGGGUAUAUUAUUUCUGGCUUACUAGUAGUAUGGAAAAACACGAUUAGAGUUUUCUUAUAGGAAAUUAAGGAUCUUUUUUCAAACGAGGUGUUGAUUUCAAUAACGUUGUAUUUAUUUCGUUAAGAAAAAUAUUAUACGAAGUGAAAUUAGUAAGUGAAUUUAGUGAGCAUUUCGCAAUGAGGAUGUUACUUUUAGCAUUUUAAUUGCUCAAUAACUAAAUUUGUUUACAAGACUAGUGACUUUCCUAGAGCACCCUCUCGACUGUUGGUUGAGCAUAACCACGCCCUCGAGGUAUUCUGUAUGAGAGCAGUUUGCGCUGGUCAUAGACAAGCGCCAUCUCGACAGUAUGGGUCAUUUUAUAUUAGAGAUAGUAUAUUAGCAAAAACAAAUAGUCAAUACAUGUAUAAAGCGGGAUAUAUAGGCGUUGGCAGUAUCUAAUCAAGAUCUGCUUUAACUUAAUCAGCAAGGGCGAACUGCGCCUCACUUAUACUCCAAGGAAUCUCAGGUCUCAAAAUCACUUGUGUUCUGUCAUAAGAUCAUGUUAGUGUUUUUAAUUUAGUUAUUUAGAUCUAAAUGAGCUUCAUGGAUAGAAGGAAAAUGCGCACCACUCGUUGCCAUUCGUGCGCUUAGAAAACGCUAACCAAUCACAAACCAGAUAGAUCAGUUCGGAUCGCGCCCUUAGCGGCCGUCUUCUCUGUUUUUGUCAGCGACUGUUGGUCUUCCUUUUAUCUCAGUAUUAUCCCGUUGGGUUUUGAUUCAAGAAUUUCUAAUUAAUUUUUUUAGCUCUCUCUCUUUCCUGUUAAGUUAACAUAUUGAUAUGCACAGGAAAGAAUUAACCACUGACAGUGCGUGGGAUAAGCGAAACAGCUAAACAAGUAACGUUUCCUAGUGUUUUCCUUGUUCUCAAAUAUUUAGUUUGUAAAUAUUAUCCCAGUCAAGAUAUGUUUGGGUUACACGGUUGUAUUCUCACUGAGCUACUCAAAGUUAAAUAUGAAAAAGUUGCAUCGCAGAACAAGAUUCAGCACGGUGAAAUUUUCUUUUUAUAAUAUUUGAGUUUCCAAGGUUUCAUUGAGUGGGACCAACAGAUUUUGAAGUGAAUUAUGAAUGAAGUUUACAUUCACGAAGAAAACCUGUCGUACCAGUCAGUCUACUAGUCCAUUCAACGCGUCUUCAGCAAACUUUUAAAUAUUUUAGUAUGUGUUCGUCGACUUGACAUUGGUUUGUCAUGAAUUUAACAUGAAUGACAAAGCAACUUGAUGUAAAUGUUCAGAGUAUCAUUCAUCGGCACAACAUAUUAAAAAACUACUAAAUUAUCCUUAACUCAAACUCAGAAGCAAUUAAAAGUUGAAAUUAA